GGAUCUUGUAACUUUCCCGACGACAAUGGCUGCGUCCUUGCAAACACGAGUUUUCUACGGUUUACAAACCGAUAUCAUUGGCAAUGCGCAUUACAUCACGGAUGCGGAGAUUCUGUAUCCAGUUGGUAACGCACUGGCAGUCCACAAUUUUGCUCAGCGCGAUCAGAAAUUGAUUCGAUUGACGGACAAACAUCGUAUAAACGUCAUUUGCGUCUCGCCUAAUAAGAAAUUCGUCGCUCUAUCUGAAACUGGCGAGAAGCCUACCAUCUCCGUUUACGACAUUGCCUCUCUGAAACGUAAGAAAUUACUUGGGAUACCUUACGAAGCCACAGGAGUAACGAGAUUCUCGUGCAUGGCAUUUACCCACGACAGUAAGAACAUAGCUGCCAUUACGGGCGAACCCGAUCAAACGAUGCUCUUCUAUAAUUGGGAGAAGGGUAAGGUGGAGUCCACGUACAAGGUGGCUAAUCCGCAGAACCCGUUGGCGAUCGCCGAGACGAUAGCGUGUAAUCCGGCCGAAUCGGCGGUGAUGGCUUUCGGUGGGCCGUACACCUUCAGAUUCCUCACCAUCGCCGAGACAGUGUGGCGUUCGUACGGCUUCACCAAGGCGGAGAACCUCCUCAUCUGCUCGAUGACCUGGCUCAACGCUGAUCGACUGCUGGCAGGCACCAAGGACGGCCGGAUACUUUAUCUGGAGAACGGCGACCUGAAGAACAUCUAUCAGAUAUCCGAGACGGUGUCGAUGAACCUGAAAAUCCGCGAGGAGUACGUAAUGUCCGCGGAUCACAGCUCGCAGAUGACCCUGGAGCCUCGCGACAACGUCUGGGAGCAACAUGUACGCUGCCUGAUUGCGUUCCCGAGAGGAUUCGUUUACGCCUUGGGCGUAGGCACUAUAGUCCUCUUCGAGAAGGAAGGCAAACACAAGUACACGAAGAGAAACAUCUACGUGGUGCCGAUACAGGCGCGGUCAAAGGAGGAUGCUCCGGAGCUGUACAAGAUCAACACGAUCAAUGUGAACAUUAGCUUUGAUCAUCUGAUUGUCACCACUGGCUGGUCGCAACUGUUCUACGUCACGCUGUGGGGUCCGGAUCUGAACAUGGACCCGGAGCCGCAACGGCUGAAUGUUAUGGGCCAGCCGCUGCAUCACGGCCCCAUCGGCGACCUCUCCAUGUGCGCAUGGAAGUCGGUCUUCAUGACGUGCGGUGAGUUCGACCGCAGCGUCAGACUGUGGGACUUUGAGACCGAAAGUCUGGUCAUGCUGAAGCAAUACGCGGAGGAGAUCUGCAGCAUCGCGAUGCACCCGAUGGGGCUGUUCUGUCUGAUCGGCUUCAGCGACAAGCUGCGCUUCAUGACCGUAUUGAUCGACGACCUGCUGCCGAUGCACGAGUUCGCCAUCAGGAGCUGCAAGACCGUCCGUUUCAGCCACGGUGGCCACAUGUUCGCCGCGGUCAACGGCAACAUCGUGCAGGUGUAUACCACCAUCGGCUUCCACAAUCCCUUCGUCUUGAAGGGUCACACGGGCAAGGUGAAGGCGUUGCUGUGGUCGCAGACGGAUCUGAAGAUGUUGAGCAUGGGAAUGGAGGGUGCGAUUUACGAGUGGGACAUGGCCACCGGCACACGCUCCGGCGAGAUCAUCCUGAAGGGCAUGAACUUGCACGACCUCGCGCUCUCUUCGGACACGUCGUACAUGUAUUGCAUAGCGAACGAUGAUCGCAUACGCGAGAUCAAAGAAAAUACGGUAGUACGGGACUUUAGACUGGCUGGUAAAGAAAUGCACCACAUGAUCAUGGGGAAGAAUGACUUGUCGUUGUUCGUAACUUGUCCUGGUGGUGUCAUUUUGUCGCUGAGGUGUCCGCUUCAGAGCCCGGUGGAGUCGAUCGACUUCUAUCUACACAGCGUCGACAUCACGAAGAUAGCACUCUCGUACAACGAGAAUUGCUUGAUAUCCGUCGCGAAGGACGGCAGUUUGUGCGUGUGGAAGCUGUACUACGCGGAAGGCAAGGUCCUGAAGAUCGGCAGGGACCUGCCAUACACGAACGAGGUGUUGAUCGGCAAAAGGGAUCUGGAAGACAAGAUAAACACGAUCAGGGGCCUGACGGUACGGAUAAGGGAGCUGGAAACCGAGCACGCGUACAAACUACGGCAGAUCGACGUGCUGCACAACGACAAGUUGCGCGAGAUUCAUCAAGGGUAUUGCGAGGCCAUCAAGGAACUGCGCGAGAAGAUCGAGAAGCUCCAAGAGGAUCACAUAAACGAGAUCAACAAUAUAAACGUGGAGAUAGUGAAGACAAAGACCACCCACGAGCAGGCGAUGCAACGAAUGGAGAAAGAUUACGAGGCCAAGUUGAUCGCGGAAUACGACCGGUAUCAGGCGUUCGAGGAGCGUACCAACGUCAUGCGUCGGGAUUACGAGCAGCAGCUGCUCGAUCUUGAAAAACGCGACGCAGAGCAACUGCAGAACACCGUGACAAAAUACGAGAUUCUCGUGCACGAGAAGAAACAGCAACUUGAGGAGGCUUCUGACGAGAUGACGCACAAGGAGCGCGUUCACGAGCGACUGAUGGCGCAGAUAGAGGACGACGCUGAUCACGAGAUACUCGAGCUACGCACGAACUACGAGAAUCUCCUGUACGAGGAGAAGCAGAUGAAUCUGAAGCUGAAGGGAGAAGCAGGCGUGAUGCGGAAUAGAUUCAUGGCCAGCCAGAAGGACGUGGAUGAUCUGAAGAGGCAAAUGCAUCGCGUGCAAGGAGAAUACGCACAGUUUCACAAGAACAUGCAGGACCUGGACAAGCAGAUCGCGGAUAUGAAGAAGGAGAUCGAUGAGCGGGACGCCACGAUUCAAGACAAGGAGCAACAGAUGUACGACAUGCUGCGAAUGAAUCAGGAGCUGGAGAAGUACAAGUUCGUGCUGAAUCACAAAAUACAGGAGCUGAAGGAUCAGAUAGAGCCACGGGAUCAGGAGAUACAGCAGCUGAAGGAGAAGAUUCAGAACAUGGAGGCGGAACUGGAGAGUCAUCGGGAGACUGACGCCAGCUUGAGGCUGCAAUUGAGCCGAGCGCGAGAGAAACUGCAGGCAACGCGGCAGGAAGUUAGCAGCGAGAUACGCAAGGACAAGAGGUGCCAGAAGCUCGUGCGACGAAUUCGCACCGACAUCCUCGACACCGCCGACCUCGUGCAAGAGCCGAGCGCUCUGAAAGCUGCGGUGACGAGUCUGUAUCACAAGUACAGCGCGGCCGACGAGUUCCUGCGUAGUCGCAAGGCGGACAUGGACGCAUAUUGCGAGUUCAUCAGGCAGCGGGAGUUCUUGGAGAGGACCGUCGCGUCCCUCAAGAAGCAGGUGUUCAAGGACACAUCUACGGGCGGUAAAGAUCUAGAAAGGAUGACGGAGGAGAACAGCACGCUCAUCGUGGAGCUGAACGCUCUGAGAGAGCAGCUGAAGGAGGCGCGGGAACGCAUCUUGCAGAUGGAAAGCCUGCUGGGUUCGACGCGGAAGGACGCGCGAUCCGCAGAAAUGAGAGAAACGAUGCAGCAAGCGUAUCGCGGUUACGAGAAAGUGAGAGAGAAAUAUACAGCGCAGAUGCAGGAAUAUCAGCAGAUUAUCGUGGCGCUGAAAGAAGAUACAAAGCGACUCAUGAGUAAAGUAUCUUCCGAAGAGGCGAAAGGAAGAAAGAGAUCGCUUUGAACACGUUUGCGGUAUUCACUCCUCUUCUCAAGAGUCAAGUAUUAAGUAUGAAGGUACCUUUAAUGAUGAAUAGCGACAUCAACAUACAGUGGAAGUAAUUUGAAAUAUAUAUGCUUAAUA